GUUUUUUUUCGGUUAAAUUUGUUAGUAUAAUUUGGUAAUUUACUUUUUUAUAUAAAAUACUUUUUUAGUGGAAUCCUUUGAAAAACAAAAGAAGUUUUUAGAAUGCUAUGAUUUUUUUAUUUCAUUAUGUUUAAAAGAUUUAAAGGAAAAGAACAUAUUAAAGGAAUAACACAACUAAAAUCAUCUACACAGAAGGCUUUAAAAGCUAAAAUUAUUGAAAUAUAUCCAGAUCUUGAACCGUUUAUGAGUGAAAUUUUUCCUAAAAAGUCGCAGUUAACACUUAUUAAAUGUGAGGAAAGGAUUUCAUUAUAUAGUCUUAAUAAUGAAAUUCUUUUUUUCCAAUACUUUGACAAUAUAUAUCCUCAUUUAAAAUUAUUGCAUAAAUAUCCAGAUGGAUUUUUAAAAGUUCAAGCUGAUCAAGGUGUAAUUAAAUCGAUCCUUUCUGGCGCUAAUCUUAUGUGUCCUGGGUUAACAUCAAAAGGUGCCUAUUGUCCUAAUAAUAUUGAUGCUGAGAAGACAGUUUCAAUCAUGGUAUAUGGAAAAGAGCAUGCAGUUGCUGUAGGUUUAACGAAGUUGUCUUCUAGUGAUAUAAAAACAAUCAAUAAGGGAAUAGGCAUUGAAAAUAUACAUUAUAUAGGGGAUAGUCUGUGGAAUUUAGUAUUAGAUUAAUAAUAUUAUUAGAAAUAUAUUUGUAAAUAAAUAUAAUCUUAUUGUUAUAUUAUUCUAGUCAAGAGAUCGAAAUAAGAUGUUUUAUAUAAAUUACGAAGUAGAUAUAUCUGUAGAUUUAUUAAGUUCUUGGAGGGCUUCAAUGUAUUUAGUGGUUAUUCUUUGAACUUCACGCUGUU